UCGGCCGUUUCUUCAUUUAGCGGGCCGUAGCCAACAUACUGGAAGUCAGCGAAUAGCCAUUCAGGCGGGCAUUCAGGUUGGCGGAUAAAGAAUAGAGGACUAGGCGGGCGCUGCUAGCUACUAGCAUAGGGAGUUCACGCUAGCUCUAUCGCGCCCGUGACUAUUUCAACUCGGUGUCGCCAUUAUUGUGGCUGCUGGCCUGUCUGCUGUGUGUUUUGAAUGGGUGAAGGAAAGCUUUGGUAGAUAGAAACAUAGCGCACACUAACCAGCCUUUCUCUUCAUGGCUGUCUACCCUCUGUGUAACUCGCCCGUGGUUCGAGAGAUGAAAGAUGGAGAUGUGCUGUUCCUAUCUCGUUAUUGAUAGGGGGAGGGGUAAACACCCAAAUCGCUAGCAACAUUGGUAACUGAACCUACCUGAUCAAAGGAGAUUAGAUUCCUGAAUACUUGCGUGGAAAAAUAACAGGGAUACCAUAAGAAGUUUAAGCAAACGUUCAUGCCCGGCGAUAUUACGUGUACAUGAACGUAACACUCAUAACCUGUUCAAUGUUAUCUUUAUGUAAAGACACGGUGGACAUCGCUUUCAUACGAAGUGAAGUGCACGAUUAAAGCUUUGAAUCUUCCGAUCACAAGACUUCCGGAAAGUUCCUUUCAAGACGAUUUCAAAGGAAAAGAGCGCUGGUGUCUCGAUUUCGGUUGGAUAAGUUUUCAGGCGUUGAAUUACCAUUCCUUGGUUUCAUCAUCUACAAUUUAUGCAUUCUUGUUUUGGGAAAGUUAAUCUGUGUUCUGUUCGAACAAAUUUCUUACUCUGGUAAUAUAUAUCAUUUGGUGUUUUUAUGGUAAGUACAGAAACCAAUUUUUUACAAGUCUUGGCGUAACCGAACUCUGCAGCAGCUGCAAUUUUUUUCUAUAAAGAGUUUUGUUUAAGCUCUUUCGAUUUUUUUUUCAUAACAUUUUCUAAAUAUGAUGACAUUGUAAUUUGUGCACAGAACUAGCAGUGUAUAGUUUUAGUCUAGAUAUUAAUCUCAAUAAGAGAUAAAGAAUUUAUCUUCAGCGUGCCUGAAACAAAACGGCCCAGUACUUGGUGGCAACAAUAAGGUACUCAGUCCCUCCCCCUUGCCCCCUCCCCCCUUAGUAUCGAACUCUGCGCUUACAAAGCCACCCAAUCGCUAAGAGCUUUAGUUGCUGUUUGAUUUAAAUGCGCCAUUAUUUUUCUUUCUUAAUCGUGAAACACCAACCGCCACCAUUUUCAAUAAAAUAGAUUUGAUCGAGCGUUGGGGUUUAAACCCUGCCUGGUCUCGCUCGAACAACAGACAAAAUAGAUCCUGGGGCAGAAGCAACAAGCCCAAGGCCUCCUUGGAGGCGCCCUCAGCGGCAAGUCCAAGGAUGGAAGCGGCAAUGGCAGGGCUGGAGGCUGCAUCAGGUAACCCGUAUGCCUCCACCCCACGACACUAUGGACGGUCCAUGUCUCAUACGCCAAGCGGAGGCAACAUCUCUGGAGCUAUGAGUAACUGUCGGUCACUACCCCGACUCCUGGAGCAGGGAGAUGAUAGUAGUGACAGCGGUGAAGACAUGGCAAGUGAGGACCCAGGAUGGGAACGCGUUGUCAUCAACGUCAGUGGACUCCACUAUGAAACACACCUCAAGACUCUGAACCAGUUUCCAAACACAUUACUAGGAAACCCUGAGCGUAGGAUCCGGUACUUUGAUCCCAUACGGAACGAGUACUUCUUCGAUCGUAACCGACCUAGCUUCGACGCCAUUUUGUACUACUACCAAAGUGGCGGCAGGCUGCGGAGACCCGUCAAUGUUCCUAUAGAUGUCUUCACAGAGGAAAUCAAAUUCUACGAACUGGGUGAUGAAGCAAUGCUAAAGUACCGGGAGGAUGAAGGCUUCAUUCAAGAUGAGGAAAAAGUAUUGCCUACGAAUCCCUUGCAAAAGAAAAUGUGGCUUCUAUUUGAAUAUCCCGAGUCUUCGAGAAUGGCCAGAGUUGUAGCUGUCAUAUCUGUAACUGUAAUCCUUAUAUCAAUUGUAAUCUUCUGUAUGGAAACAAUGCCCGAGUUCAAAGAUGCGCGUAAGCCGGGAGAGAGUGGAUCGGGUUCAGCCCCUUGUGGAACGACAAUGGCAUCGACUACGGUGCCCACAGCUACCCAAUCAGGUAAUAGAACGUUGACGUCGGAGGAAGCAGAUGCUGCCAUCAAAAGUGCAGAACUGGCGGCAUACUUCCGCCAUCCGUUCUUUGUAAUCGAGACGUGCUGCAUUGUUUGGUUCACUUUUGAAAUUUUGGUUCGGUUUCUUUCGAGCCCCAGCAAAUUUACCUUUACGAAAAACGUCAUGAAUAUCAUUGACAUCAUAGCAGUACUUCCAUAUUUUAUACAAGUGGGCACCAUGGUCGCCCAGUCAUCCACAGACACCAAUAGCCAGGCUACGUCUUUAGCUAUCCUUCGUGUUAUCCGACUUGUUCGCGUCUUCAGAAUAUUCAAGUUAUCUAGACACUCUCGGGGUUUACAGAUUCUUGGUCGAACUUUAAAGGCCAGUAUGCGUGAGCUGGGCCUUCUUAUAUUCUUCCUAUGUAUUGGGGUUGUCCUAUACUCGAGCGCCGUGUACUUCGCCGAUGCCGACAGCUCGGACGAAAACGGCGAACCCAUCUUCAAGAGCAUCCCGGAUGCAUUCUGGUGGGCUGUAGUUACCAUGACAACCGUAGGUUAUGGUGACAUGAAACCAAAAAGUACAGGUGCUAAAAUCGUAGGGUCGCUGUGCGCAAUAACGGGCGUAUUGACGAUCGCCUUACCUGUUCCCGUAAUCGUGUCCAAUUUCAAUUAUUUUUACCACCGGGAGGCAGACAGUGAAGACUCCUCAAACUACUCACAUGUAUCAAGCUGUCCGUUCCAACAAGCGCCCUCAAUCGACGAUAAAAGUGAAGGUAAUAGUGAGUUGGAUCAACAUGAUUUUGUGGAGAUGGAAGAGGGGCUAUUAGAAUCAUCCAGUAGGAAAUCAAAUCAUAAUGGCAACUCAAGGCCAAAUAAUGUUCAGGGCAACUGUAUAAGAAACAAUAAUCUUAAAAUGCUCAGCAUAGAAACAGACGUGUAACUAAGGUAUUUCAUUUGUUUGUGUUCAAUUUUUUAUACAACUUUGCCACUAGUACCUUGCAUGCAUUCAAAGCGAAUUAAAGUCUUAAACUUCGUUCAAAUAUCACGUGGCGAAACCGCGGCGUUUUUGUUAAUGAUGAUGACAUAAAGGGUAAUACUCGUCACAUUUCCGUAACACAGCUCGGUCAAUACGCGCAUGAUUUAGCGCGCAGUCGACAUUUAUUUAAA